AUGAAGCUGGAGAGGCGGCGGCGGCCCGAGGAUCGAACCCGAGAUGCUGGAGACCCCGAGUUCAUCUCAUUUAUUAGAGUUAAACCCAAAUUCUACACGUUCAGCCUCGCACCCCACAACACACGAGAAGUGACAGAUGGCCGGACGCUGCAGGAAGGUCUGCCAAGGUCCGGCAGCGUGCCAGCGUACCUGCCCGUCCGCUAUCGGGUCCUGAACGCGGAUCUGGCCUUCUUCCUCAAGGAGGCUAACCAGGACAUCAUGAGGAACUCCAGCUUCCAGGCGCGCACCGAGAUGUUCUUCGUCCAGCAGGCGAGGAGGACGCCGGUGGUCAACGCCACCUACGGACCGUUCUCCGCGCAGCAGGCCGUCCCUGCGGAAUUCCUCGACCCGGGGAUCUUCAACCAGCCUACGUCGUCGGCGCAGCCCUCGUCCCUGUUCACGUUCAACUGGAAGGUCCAGACCUUCGUGGUGACCGAGCGCGUCCACCCCAGCUGGCCGAAGGUCCAGGUCCUGUUCUACGUGGUGGGGCGGGACUGGGACGACUACACCACCGUGGACCGGCUCCCCUGUAUCCGGAUGUUCGCCUUCCACGAGACGCAGGAGGUUCGAGGCGCCUGUCGGCUGAAGGGGGAGCUGGGUCUGUGCGUGGCGGAGCUGGAGCCGCUGCCCAGCUGGUUCAGCCCGCCCAGCGUGGUGCCAGGCAGGCAGAGGGCGCCUCAGGCCGAAGGAACGCCCGUGGAGCUUUACUACAUGGUGCAGUCGGGCGAGUCCGGGGAGUGCGAGGCCGAGAGUUCUCGCAGGGCCGGCGGCGUCCAGUCGGAGUCGCAGGGUCCAGCGGGGUACUUCUCGGGACCCACGCCGAUGCGGCGGAUCGGGAGCGUGCGCCUCCUCCAGCCCCUCUCGGAGUUACGGCUGGACAGGAACUUUGUGGUGAUGGUGCCGUCCCGGUCCAUCAGGCAGAGAGAGACGGUGUCCGCCUUCCUGGUGGCGUCGGCUCUGUCCUCGGUGGAGAUCUUCACCCUCAGGGUGAAGUUAAAGGACGACGUGGCGUUUUUGGGAGCGAAGGCGGUUAACCCGGCGCAGUGGACGGUCAGUCAGGACGUGAGGAGUGAAGGGCACAGGGUGGUGACGCUGCACUGUCGGAGGAAAGAUGCCAACUUUGGACAGAGGGCGGAGUCAGGUCUUCAGAAGGUUCUGCAGGUGGAUCUGGAUGUGAACGGACUGGUGGAGCCGCUCAGCACUCGCUCCGUGACCUGGCAGGUGGAGUACCCCGUGACCCGCACCUUCUCCGAGGAGAUCCAGACCCUCAUACGCCUGGCACCUUCUGACCUGGGGGGCAUCGUACCUCUCGCCAUGGAGACGGAGAUCCUCAACACCGCCGUCCUGACCGGGAGGACCGUCGCCAUGCCCGUCAAAGUGGUCACCGUGGGAACGGACGGAGCCGUGAGCGACGUCACCGAGUCGGUGGAGUGCCGCUCGACCGAUGAGGGCGUGGUUAAGGUUUCGGAGAGGUGCGAUUACGUGUACGUGAACGGGAAGGAGAGCAGAGGGAGGGUGAAGACCACGCUGAACUUCACCUACAGCUACCUGAGCGCUCAGCUGGAGGUGAACGUCUGGAUCCCUCGCCUCCCGCUGCACAUCGACCUGUCCGACCCCGAACUCAGCCAGAUCAAAGGAUGGAGGGUCCCCGUCGCUACCGGCAACCAGAAACCCGGCGAGGACAAUGCUGACGAGGGCAGCAGGAAGGACCGCGGGUGUGGCCCGCUCUACCAGAGCACCACUUUCCGGGUUCUGACCCACUUGGUGGCAGACCCGGCUGAGGGGCGGGGGCAGCCGGACUUCCUGCUGGGCAGCGACUGGCAGGUGGACGUGACCGAGCUGGUCAGGGAUCUGCUGAAGGUGGAGGACUCGCGGGUGGCGGGUCUGCGGGACGGACCGGUGCUGACGGGUCUCGGCGCGGGAACCACCAAACUCCAGGUAACGUCGCCCCUGUCUGACGCGCUGCUGGCCGAGAGGACGGUGCGGGUGCUGGAUGAUAAAGUGAGCGUGGUGGAUCUGGGUCUGCAGCUGGUUUCGGGACUGGCGCUCUCGCUGCAGCUCAGCCCGGGAAGCAACAGGGCCAUCGUCGCCACGGCAACCACCCAGGAUACCAUGCACAGCCUCAAACAGGAAUCUCUGGUAAGCGCGUGGCUGCACUUCAGCGACGGUGCGGUGACGCCUCUGGACCUGUUCGACCCCGCCCACUUCACGCUGACGGCGGUGUCGGUGGACGAGCGCGUGGUCUCCGUCCGGAGGGUCCCGUGGUGGAAGACGCCCGUGGUGGUGGUGAAGGGCGAGGGGCAGGGCACGCUGGUCCGGGUGGAGAUGUCCGGAUCCGAGUCAUGCCAGAAGAACAAGCGUCGGGCCGUCCUGGCGUCCGCCAGCGCCAACGUCCGGGUCAAGUUCACCCGCCACGACGACGACGGCGAGGGCCGAGCCGAGGAUCGGAGAACGCACAGAGCGAAUAAUUCUCACCACGUGAUUACGAGUUCAGACGCCGGCAUCGUGACCCGAGCCGCCGCCACCACCAAAACCUCCGCCGGCGAAGACAAGCGGAACGCUCCCGUGGACUUCCCGACGCGACCCGACCUCCCGCAGGAGGACCUGCUGCAGGCGCGGCGCGGACUCACCGACCUGGAGAUCGGCAUGUACGCCCUGCUGGGGGUCUUCUGCCUGGCGAUCCUGGUGUUCCUGAUUAACUGCGUCUCGUACACGCUGCAGUACCGGAACAAGCAGCUGCCCAUGGACUGCCAGGAGACCAUGCCGCACUCCCACGACUGGGUGUGGCUGGGGCACGAGGGCGAGCUGUGCCUCCAGCAGGAUGACCUCAGCGCCACCGUGGACGUUGGCGCCGCCCUGGAGGAGGCCAGCACGCUCCUGAACGGCGUCUCCGGUCAGAAAGGACAGGCGGCGCACAAGGAGCACAAGAGUGACGUGAACUCGCCCACCACCAAACGGAAACGGGUCAAGUUCCAGACCUUCAGCGGCAGCUCCAGAUCGGGCGGCGGUUGCCCGGGAAACAGCCCGCUGGGCGUCAGGCAGAACGAUAUCAAGUGGGUUUGUCCGGACAUCGAGCUCGGGGACUCCAUGGAGCUCCGGAAUUACAUGGAGAGGCUGAACGAGAACGCCAGCAAGAGCGCGGCGUAGCGUCAUCCGUUUUCCUCUCUUGCACUAUUUAUUU